AGUCAUUCUAACCUCUUAACUCAAACAUGAAGCUUUCUCUUGUCUUCAGCGCGCUCGCAUCCAUCGUAGGUCUUACUACGGCGUACCCCACGCACGGGACUAUUGCGAAACGUUCCUAUGUGGAGAAGCGCGCCGACCUGCUACCAAAUGUGGAUAAGCGCGAAGAACUUGACACCGAUCUCUUCUUAUACAACGAGUACGUUGCCAAGAGGGAUGAGGAGAAGCGCGAGGAACUUGACACAGAUCUCUUCUUAUACAAUGAGUACUGAACUUGAUGCCGGGUUUUACGCAGGUCUGGCAUCGCUACCUCCUCAUCCACAAGUCACUUCCCUGUACAUCUACAUAGUAUCUUGACUCCUUUUUCCGAUUGCUUUAUUGCAUGUCCGUG